AGUCAUAGGACAAUCUAAAUUCACUCAGAAGAGUAAUAUGUAUAACGUAAUGUUACCAUGGUUCAACACAGGACUUCUUACCAGUGCAGGUCGCAAGUGGCAGACACGCAGGAAAAUACUAACGCCUGCCUUUCAUUUCAAUAUGCUUCGGGAAUUUUCAGACGUUUUUAUCAAGGAAGGGGAACGGUUGAUCGGGAAACUAAAGGGUGAAGGAAGGCCUGUUAUUAAAGAUCUGAAGAUGUUGAUCAGCGAGCACACUUUAAAUAUCAUUUGUGUAAUCACAAUUAAAUCGAAUUCUUAAUUGUU